AUGCCUAAUUUAGAAGCACCAUGCGUAGAACUCGGUUCUGCUCCACGUACUCCAAGUAUUAUCAUGUCACCAUCACCGUCAGAAGUUUCGAGUGCUAGCUCCCUAGAAAUACAAAAUGUCCAAGCAACUCCUCUUUUCAGAGUUUUAGCAUUGCCUCCGCCCGAUCCAGAACAGCCACCUGGCCAGGAUGAAUUGGAGCGCAGAUUACCUGGUUACAGGCGUAUUGUGAUCCCGCGCGAAUUAACGCUCAUUGAACUAUUGAAACAAAGCAGUGGCGUAACAACUGAUGAUGAAGUGUUGAGGAUUCGCGAAGCAAAACUGCGCGUUGUUGCGGAGCGUGUUGGUCUGCGAAGGUUACAUGUUCUCGCGCCCCAUUUGAGAACUUUAGUUCUCGAUGGAAGCGCUAUGUCAUCGCUACGAGAUCUUGGCAUUGGGUUAAUAAAGUUGAAAAGUCUUAGCGUUAAUCGAUGUGGCUUAAACUCGUUGGACGGAGUUUGGGGCCUCGGUGCUUUGCGGGAACUGUAUGCUGCCGGAAAUCGACUUCAUGACUUACAUGCCUUGGCUGCCCUUCAAAAGUUACAUACCCUUAAUUUAGCUAAUAACCCUAUUGAAGAGUCGAGUCGCAUUUGGACAUUGGGUGUGUGCUGUGCUUUGCGGAGGCUUACUCUGAGUGGGACUCCGAUAGCAGAUUCUCUGAACUAUCGUUCUCUUGUUGCAUCUGCGUUGCCUUUGUUAGUUACUUUGGACGAGACACCGCUAAAUUCGAAUGAAGAUGAUUGGAAUUACGAAAUUCCAUCGGAUACAGAAAGCGUUGAAAGCUUUACUGAAACUAGUAACCAACAAAAAAUGAAAGAACAAGAUGAGCCCCAACCGGGUCCUUCGAAGUUUCAAUGUGAACAAAAUGUUAAAAUCACUGACGCAAGACCUUCCAUCGAGUGCUCCAAGCUCACUCGUCGGCGUCCAGCGACAACUGAGUGCGCCGGACUCCGGCCUCGAUUCGAGAUACCGAGGCGACCGCGGACAGCUUUGGAGCGGAGCAUUGACGGCCCUACGAGACUGCAGAUUAUGAACACGUUGUUGGAUGAUGAAUGGCGUUGUAGUGGAAGCAAGUUGACGUCACACGGAGCUGUUUCUGGGAAUUUAGCGAGAGCUUUACGACGACCGAAACGAAACUCAAACCUUCAGAACUCUAUGGAGGCUGAACUGGAAAUGGUCGAGAAGACAAUGGCAGAGGCAUGUCGUGCGCUUGCGGCGGAAAUACCGUGCGCACCCAACUCCGAAGACUGGGCCAAGUUUAAACAAGAAACUGGAAUUGAAAUCGACAUAGAUUUCAACGAGAGGCCGAAGGAUACAGACCCGUCAAGAGUUAUCGAACGCUUGGAGAGAAUUGAAAGAGAAACGCUAGAGAGACUAAAUAACGACCCAGACGAUAUAGGCCAAAAUGCGACGAAUGCUUUUACGUCAGAUCCUUCUAGAAUAUUCACUAGAGGUAUUGCUGGAGAUUAUGAAUUAUGGAAAGAGAUGCAAAAUUUGAUAACCUGCGACCCACCGGAAAGUGUUGAUGACUUGUUUAAAAAUUUAGUUCCGAUUAACCCUAGGAGGAGAGAAUCAGAUAAUGAUUCACUAGGAUAGAAUGGUAAUAUUAUUAUUAGAGGAAGUUAUACUUCGUAUAUCGCGAGAUAUCGUGAAGCGCUUUAUAAUGACUAUAUAUUUUUUUAUCUCUUAUUCUGUAGUAACGGAGUACCAAGUAUUUAAUUGUUUUAAAUAUGAUUUCGUUGAUCCAAUAGAUAACAAAAUAUUUCAUGUUAUAUUUAUUACAAUUUAAAAAUAAAUUAUCAUCGUCAGUCUGUUAAAAUUUGUGUGCACAUAAUGAUUUUAAAAACUUUCUAAUACGCAU